UCAUUUCUCUUACUUUUUCCGGAAAUUAAUUAAUAAAGUGGCUGCUGUACUGGUUAUGUUUUGGCUUGUAGUAUACGUACUCCAUUUGUUUUAGGUGUCUGUGGGUUUUUGAUCGAACCCAUGUUGUAUUUACUUUGGCAUUAAUUCAAGGUUGAUCAAGAAAAAGAGUUAGAGGGGGGGCAUUACUAUUUUACGUUUUUUCUGGAUAAAUACUCCUAUUGUACGUUGUUCAGGUGCUUGAUUCUGGGUGAUAGAUCACCUUUUCUUCUGUUUAUCUAGUGAUUUUACUCAUAUUUUGCCUGCCUUGGAUUUCAGAUUGGAUUGUGUGACAAAAUCGACAGGAAGAAUUGCUAAUAACCAUCUCGCGGUGAAUGUUAAGCAAACAAGAUGAUUGGAUCAUUUCUGUCCAGAACCCUUCUUAUGAUUUUUGGUUAUGCCUAUCCGGCUUAUGAGUGUUUUAAAGCAGCGGAGAACAACAGGACAGAUAUUGCGCAAGUCCUGUUUUGGUGCCGGUACUGGAUUUUAGUUGCAAUGCUUACAGUUUGUGAGAGGGUAGGGGAUCAUCUAAUCUUUUGGCUGCCUAUGUACAGUGAAGCAAAGCUGGCAUUCUUUAUAUAUCUUUGGCAUCCGAAAACGAAAGGAACGGAAUAUGUUUAUGAUUGUUUUUUCCGGCCUUUCGUGGCAAAACACGAGACUGAGAUCGAUCGUAAUUUGUUGGAGAUGAGGGUGCAGGCUGAGGAGAUUGCCCUUAUUUAUUGGCAGAAGGCAGCAGCUUAUGGACAGACGAAGUUUUUUGAAAUUUUGCAGUGUGUUUCUUCUCAGUCAGCAUCAAUGCCUCGUUCUGAUCAGCAGCAAGAAGAGCUAAAUGCCAAAAAUGGAGAACCUAAGGCAUCCAGUUCAAUUAGCGAGGCUACAACAGAAAAACAGCCCGAAGAACAUGAUCAGUUACAUUCAUCUAGUAGUGCUUCUUUGUCCCAGCAGUCACACGAGCAGGCAAGUGAAUUGGAAGAGCAGCCAGGUGAACCGAUGCAAUCCUCGGAGAAUGGAGAUAUAAAUUCUCCACGGCAAGAAACUGUUCCAAAGGAAUCUGUCCAGCUAAAACAUGGAAGAUGGAAACUAUUCCAGAGCCCGCAAAAACCGUCAAAUUCCUAGUUGCUUAAUUACCUUCACGUAAAUACUGGAUAUCCUGUGCUGGAGCAAAUUUUGCUAGCCUCAUCUGUUCCCGUUGCGUAAAUCUUAGACACAAACAUUAACAUGUCAUGGUAGAUAGGAACAUGCAAGGAGAAAUGUAGACCGAAGUUAAGUUUGAGGUGAGUACUAUGGCAGCAUCAGGUAUAUUGCUGCAUGCUUGCAGGGAACUUGCAAUUGCAUGACUAAUUAAAGGAUAAUUAAUACCAUGGCAACUUCUAAUUUCUGUACAA